UUUUCCGCACCACGCCGCUCUCUGCUCUUCUGUCUCUGGAAUACGGAUUCGGAUGUAACCCGGUUGUGCCUAUUGAACGUAUUUAAAGAAACAAGCAAUCACGAGACUCGUAAUUUGAAGAAACUAAAGAGAGCCAUGCCGUCCGAUGCCAAAAAGAAGCGCGAUGCCAAGAAGAAAGAGGCAGUGAAGAGCAGGAACCAGCAGCAGCAAAAGAAGACGGUAAAAAAUGCGGCCAACGGGGAUGCUGCCGCCGACAAAACCAUCGAGAACGGCGACUGCCAGGGAGACAGUCUGCUGAAUGGAGACAACAUGAGCGAGGCCGAGCGUGAGCUCGUGCGACGCCUCGAAGAAGACGUGCGGUUGAAUGCGGCAGCGAGGGCCUGCACUGGAGUGUUGGCCGUGCACCCACGCUCGCGGGACGUCAAGAUUGACAACCUGUCCAUCACCUUCCACGGCGUGGAGAUCUUGGUCGACACGCGCCUUGAGCUCAACUGUGGCCAGCGGUACGGGCUCAUCGGCCUCAACGGCAGCGGCAAAUCGACGCUGCUGUCGGCACUGGGUCGCCGGGAGGUGCCCAUCCAGUCGCAGCUGGACAUCUACCACCUGACGCGAGAGAUUGCGCCCAGCGAGAAGACGGCGCUGCAGGCCGUCCUGGAGGUAGACAGCGAGCGCAACCGCCUUGAGAAGCUUGCCGAAGAGCUGGCACACAUUGAAGACGACGACGCCCAGGAGCAGCUGCUUGAUGUCUACGAACGUCUCGACGACAUUUGUGCCGACAUGGCCGAAAUGAAGGCGGCCUACAUUCUGCACGGCCUGGGGUUCACAACCGCCAUGCAGCAGAAGAAGUGCAAGGACUUUUCGGGAGGCUGGCGGAUGCGCAUUGCCCUGGCGCGUGCACUCUACGUCCGACCGCACGUGUUACUCUUGGACGAGCCCACCAACCACCUCGACUUGGAUGCUUGUGUCUGGCUGGAGGAAGAACUGAAAACGUACAAACGAAUCCUGGUGAUCAUAUCCCACUCUCAGGACUUCCUGAACGGUGUCUGUACAAACAUCAUUCAUCUAGACAACAAAAAGCUCAAGUACUAUGGCGGUAACUAUGAUGCCUUUGUGAAGACACGCAUUGAACUUCUAGAGAACCAAAUGAAGCGCUACAACUGGGAACAGAGCCAGAUCGCACACAUGAAAAACUACAUAGCCCGAUUUGGCCAUGGCAGCGCCAAGCUGGCCAGGCAAGCCCAGAGCAAGGAGAAGACCCUCGGCAAAAUGGUGGCAGCUGGCUUGACUGAAAAGGUCAUCGCUGACAAGACGGUGCAGUUCUACUUCCCCUCAUGUGGUCCAAUUCCUCCCCCAGUGAUCAUGGUGCAGAAUGUGUCCUUCCGGUACAGUGACGACGGGCCCUGGAUUUAUAAAGAUCUGGAGUUUGGCAUUGACCUGGACACCAGGGUGGCCCUGGUGGGGCCCAACGGAGCCGGCAAAUCAACCCUCCUGAAGCUCCUUUGCGGCGAGCUUGUGCCUAAUGAUGGCUUGAUCAGGACACAUUCACACCUGAAGAUUGCCCGAUAUCAUCAGCACCUGUCCGAGCAACUGAACCUGAACAUGUCUGCUCUGGAGUACAUGAUGUCCAGUUUUCCGGAGGUCAAGGAGAAAGAAGAGAUGCGCAAGAUCAUUGGCCGCUAUGGUCUCACUGGAAGGCAGCAGAUCUGCCCGAUUCGGCAACUAUCUGACGGCCAGCGCUGCCGCGUGGUGUUCGCCUGGCUUGCAUGGCAGGUGCCCCACCUGCUGCUGCUGGACGAACCGACCAACCACUUGGACAUGGAGACCAUCGAUGCGCUAGCCGAGGCCAUCGCUGAGUUCGACGGCGGCAUGGUCCUGGUGAGCCACGACUUCCGGCUCAUCAGCCGCGUGGCCGAGGAGAUCUGGGUGUGUGAGAACCAGACGGUAACCAAGUGGAAAGGGGACAUCCUCUCGUACAAGGAGCACCUGCGCAAGAGAGUCAUGGCCGACGCACAGAACAACAGGCCCAAGUGACCAAGGGAGGGGCUCCUAUUACAGUGCUGCCGUUUUCUCAACAACAAAGAUAAUAAAAAUGAAACACUCA